AUGACUAAAAAGAAGAAAGUGGUUGAAAACAAAAUAAACCCUACUCAAAGUACUGCUUUAGAAGAUGAUCUGAACAUGCCUUUAAGUAGUUUGAAAUCUCAAAAGAUAAAAAAGGAUAAGAAGGUUGUCGUCGAAGAUGAUGAAAAAGGAUGGGAUAGUGAGUACGACUCUGAUUCUUACAAGAUUAUGGGGGAAGAAAGUACUGAUUCUAGUGAUGGGGAGCAGGGUAAUUCAGUAGGAACAAAAAAGAGGGUGAGAAAGAGUAAAAAGAAGGUGCAUCCAUCUUUUAACAACAGAACUCCGAUGAAAAACAUUGAAUUCGAACCUGGAUUAAUGUUCACAGAUGUGAAGACUUUAAGAAAUGCAGUAAUAGAUUAUAGUGUUGAACAAAAGAGGGAGAUAUGGUUUAAAAAGAAUGAUUCACAGAGGUUACAAGCCAAAUGCAGAGAAAACUGUCCAUGGUAUUUGUUUGCUAGCAAAGUGGAUGAAACAGGUGCUUUUCAAGUGAAGACUUAUGUCAAAGAUCAUAACUGCAUACUUGUGCACAAGCACAAACUUGUGAGAUCAGAUUGGUUGGUAAGAAAAGUAGGUAAUAAGGUGAGGGCCAAUCCAAAAUGGAGACUUAGGGAAAUACAACAGCAUGUGUAUGAGGUGCAUGGUCUGGUGACAUCAAAGAACCAGUGCUGGUUAGCUAAGAAAAAGGCUCUUUCAGAGAUAGAAGGUGAGAUUGCUAAGCAGUACAAAAGGCUAUAUGACUAUGGUGCUGAAGUUAUUAGUUCAAAUCCAGAUAGCACAGUUAAAAUUGGAGUAGACAGGGCUGAUGAUGUUUCUACAUUCAAGAGAAUAUACAUAUGCUUUGGUGCUUUGAAGAUUGGUUUUAAACAGGGCUGUAGGAAGAUCAUAGGCCUUGAUGGCUGUUUUUUAAAAAGUUUUGUCAAAGGAGAAAUACUAGCAGCAGUUGGUAGGGAUGGAAACAAUGGGAUGUUUCCAAUUGCUUGGGCAGUUGUGGAUGUUGAAUGCACUGAAUCAUGGGAGUGGUUCAUUAAACUGUUAAGGGAUGAUCUUGAGCUUGGCAGUGGUGCAGGGUACACCUUGAUGACUGAUCAACAAAAGGGUCUGAAGAAUGCCAUAGAUAACAUCCUACCUAGUGCUGAACAUAGGUGCUGUGCAAGACACAUUUGUGCAAAUUGGAGGAAAAAUCAUCCAGGAGCAGCUCUAAAGAAUCUUUUUUGGAUGGCUGCCAAGUCAACAACUGUUGAAGAAUUCAAUAUGCACAUGGAUGAAAUUAAAGGUAUUUCCCCACUUGCACACUCAGAUUUGUUGAAGACUGAACCUAGGUAUUGGAGUAGAGCAUUUUUUGAUACAAUUACAAAAUGUGAUAUGGUAGACAAUAACUUAUCAGAAUGCUUUAAUAGUUGGAUUGUGGAGGCAAGAUAUAAGCCAAUACUUGAGUUGUUGGAUGAUAUUAGGUUACAAGUAAUGGAGAGAUUAUAUAAGAAAAGGGACUGGAUGAGUGGAGUUGAAAGCACAUUGUGUCCUAGAAUAGUUAGAAAGUUGAAUUAUAGCAUUGAGGGAACUAAAUUUUGCAAAUCAACAUGGGCUGGUGGGGAUGAGUGUGAGGUAAGGGAUAUAGAAGGUGGUCAGUGGGUGGUAGAUAUGGUUCAAAAGACAUGCAGUUGUAGGAGGUGGGAACUAUCUGGCAUUCCUUGCACUCAUGCAUGCCAAGCACUGCAGAGCAUGAAUGUGAGGCCAGAGGACAGGGUUGAUAUUCAGUACUAUAAAAGUCUUUACAUUGAGGCUUAUUCUAACCUCUUGAGACCUAUGAGAGGUGCAAUUUAUUGGCCAAAAACAGGGUACCCUGACAUAGUUCCUCCUAAGGCAAGAAGGAUGCCUGGAAGGCCAAAGAAACAUAGAAGGAGAGAACAAGGUGAGGAGAGGGGAGGCUCCAGACUGGGUAAAAAAGGGGUGAUGAUGCACUGUAGCAAAUGCUUGAAAGCAGGUCAUAACAAAUCAACUUGCACUGCAACUCAGGAGGAGGUAUUUGAAAUACAAAAGGCUGCAUCUGAAGCUAAAAAAGCUCAGAGUGAGGCAGCAAGAGCACAAUCAGCCCUUAAUAGGAGUAAGAAGGCAACAAGUCAAAAAAAGAAGGCAUCAAAUCCAGAUACACAGCCAACUCAAGGUGAACCACAGCCAAAAAGAAAGAGGGGAAGGCCUCCAAAAGCCAAAAAUACACAAGUGUUGCCUCCACCACCUCCCAUACCACCAUCUGGAGUUGGUGUGUACAAGUGUGACACAGAUGGACAUGUGUAUUUCUCAUCUGUUGGAGGUUCAGUUACAAGAGUGUCAGAUUCACAGCCACCACCUACAAGGCCAGAAAAACCAAAAGGGAGAAAGAGUGCAAGCCAGCCAUAG